GGCUUCAGACGCGUCUCGCACCAAGCACUUCAGGAGAAGCUACAGACACCGUGGACUAUCGCACUGUACAUCAUGGCACCCAAGAAAGUAUGCAUCAUUGGCUCUGGCAACUGGGGCUCUGCCAUUGCCAAGAUUGUAGGCGUCAAUGCAGGAAAGCUUGACGUGUUCGACACGACAGUGAACAUGUGGGUUUUUGAGGAGACCGUGAACGGCCGGAAACUCACAGAGAUCAUCAACACAGACCAUGAGAACGUCAAGUACCUGCCUGGACACAAGCUUCCCCCAAACAUCGUGGCUGUUCCAGAGGUGACGGAUGCCGUGAAGGGAGCAGACAUCUUGAUCUUCGUUAUUCCACACCAGUUCAUCAACAGAAUCUGUGACACCAUCAAAGAACACAUCAAGAAGGAUGCUGUGGGCAUGUCUCUUAUCAAAGGUGUGGAUGAGGGGCCAGAGGGGUUGAAGCUGAUCUCUGAUGUCAUCAGAGAGAAGCUGGGCGUCACCAUGACGGUGCUGAUGGGAGCUAACAUAGCCAACGAAGUCGCGGAGGAGAAGUUCUGCGAAACAACAAUCGGGUGCAAGAACAAAGAGUGGGGCCCCAUCCUGAAGAAACUGAUGCAGACCACGAACUUCAGAGUUACCGUGGUGGAGGAAGCUGAUGUGGUAGAGAUCUGUGGCGCUCUCAAGAACAUAGUAGCGGUAGGAGCAGGGUUCUGUGACGGCCUGGGCUUCGGUGAUAACACCAAGGCGGCGGUGAUCAGACUGGGACUGAUGGAGAUGAUUGCCUUCGCCCGGAUAUUCUGCACCGCUGGGACCGUCUCCCCUGUCACUUUCCUGGAGAGCUGUGGCGUCGCCGACCUCAUCACAACUUGCUACGGCGGACGCAACCGUAAGAUCGCAGAGGCCUUCGCCAAAACCGGAAAGACUAUUGAGGAGUUGGAGAAGGAGAUGUUGAAUGGUCAGAAACUCCAGGGUCCGGCCACUGCAGCUGAAGUCAACCACAUUCUGAAGAAGAAGGGCCUGGUGGACAAGUUCCCCUUGUUCAAUGCUGUCAACCAGAUCUGUUUCCACGGACACCCCGUCAAAGAGUUCAUCACCUGUUUGCAGAACCACCCUGAACACAUGUGACUGACUGAAGGAUGCUGGGACGCUUUAAAUGUUGGAACCAGCCGAAGGAAGCGAGGCUGAUGAGGAGCGGGUUGGACGAUGAUUACACCUCAUCU